UUUCUCAGGAAGCUUGGGUCUCCCUGGGAGCGGGUCUGCCCUUGGGGGAGGGCUCUCGGCUCUGUGCCCUACCGCUCGGCUGACAUUCGAGGCGGACCUAAGAGGGGCUCGGCACCCCCCGCGUGCACAUGUGCUAGCCCAGGCGGGAGGGAGCGCCUCCGCGGAGGAGUCCAGGAAGAGGGGGAGGGAGAGGCGCGCCAGAAUCUCGGUCCCGGGCGCCCUGGUCGGCCGCGGAGGAGCUGCAGCCUCCAACAGGAAGCUGUGCGUCUCUGGCACACCGUCUGCUCUGCUCAUUGACUGAAGGCCCCUACAUCCCAGCUCGGCCAGGAAGCAAAGGUUGCCACAUCUCCCUGAGGCAGGCCUGCCGGGAGCGCUGCAUGCAAAUUUGGUUGCAGGCUAGGGGACACUAACCGGAGUCGUAGGCAUGGACUUCGUCAUGAAGCAGGCCCUCGGAGGGGCCACCAAGGACAUGGGGAAGAUGCUGGGAGGAGAGGAGGAGAAGGACCCGGAUGCGCAGAAGAAGGAGGAGGAACGGCAGGAGGCGCUGCGGCAGCAGGAGGAAGAGCGCAAGGCCAAGCACGCGCGCAUGGAGGCCGAGCGGGAGAAGGUCCGGCAGCAGAUCCGAGACAAGUAUGGGCUGAAGAAGAAGGAGGAGAAGGAGGCUGAGGAGAAGGCCGCCCUGGAGCAGCCCUGCGAGGGGAGCCUGACUCGGCCCAAGAAGGCCAUCCCUGCGGGCUGCGGGGACGAGGAGGAGGAGGAGGAGGAGAGCAUCCUGGACACGGUGCUCAAGUACCUGCCCGGGCCGCUGCAGGACAUGUUCAAGAAGUAACUGGCCCUCCUGCCCCGACCCACUCUACUUGUUACUAAUUUUUUUUUUUUUGGUUCUUUCUUUUCUUUUUAUUCAGUUAAGUCUCAGUUCUGAAGGGGAAAACCUCAGUUGGCCUCCGCCCUCCUUCCCGGGCCAGGGGCUCCCCCCCUGAGCACUCCCUCAUACCCCCUUCAUCCCAGGGUAUCCAGCCCCCACCUCACUCCCAAGUCGCUAGAAAAAGUGAAGACAGCUUUUCCCCAGAAGGGGGCGUGGAACCCAAAGCGGGAGGCACAGGGGGCCCCCUCCAGAAGCCUAAGGUCUAUGCUAGUGCGGUAACCCCCCUACAUUCCUUCAUGCGCCCCACUGCCAGGAGGACCACUGUCCCCAGCCAGCCAAAGUAAUGACACAUUCCAGCCCUGCCCAGCAUGCUGACCUUGGGCCUCUGACCCUCAGGUCAGGGCAGGGGCGUUGAAUGGCCUGGCUCUGAGGAAGGGAGUCAGGGCAAGCCUGCACUGUGAGGGCCCCGGCCUGAGAGGCCCCACUGUAUUCUGGCCAGGCCUGGGUCUGGGCAGAAGGCUGGGGCUCUUAUUCUUCCGUCCCCCUGAAGACACCCAGUCCAGGAGCACCCCUCCCCCAGCUGACGAGGCAUAGCCCCUGCCAAGCCAGUCCCUCCAAAUGGAUCCUCUUUGGACUUUAACUCAUCUGUGGAGGGGCCCCAGGGUAGGGCAGCCCCUUGUUCCCCCCAACUCCACUUAGGUCCUGGGACCCCACUGCCAGGCUGGGCCCAGCUUGCCCAGCCAAGGGGCUGCCCAGGCCCCCCAGAAAACACUCGGAGCCAUUGGGCAGCAAUGGCCCAUGCCGUGGGAUCCUCCCAUUGGUGCAGCCAAGCUGCCCCCAUUCCUAUCCACCCCUCUUUCCUACCCUGUCCUAUCCAUGUGUUUCCAGAGCCCCGUGGUCCCCAGGAGGACCCUACCUGCCCAAAACCCCAAGCCUUUGGGGAGAAGCCAGUUCCCACUCAGCAGAGGCAUCUGUCCAUUCAUCUCCUUGGCCAAGAACAAACUCUCCUCUGGGAUGUGUGAGACUAGCAUUUGUCCCCCACCCCAAAAAUUCUCAAGGCCUCCUGCUCAGUCAGUUGUGUGAGAACUGGGGGGCCAUGGAGCACAUGAGAGAGGAAAGUGUGUGUCCAUGCAUGCACAAGUCUGUAGUGCAUAGACUGCAUCAGCAAUUGUGUGUCCAGAGAUUGUACAUAUAUGUGUAUGUUUAGAGUGUGUGUAUGUCUUGAGAUGGUGUAUGUGUGUUGGUCAUCAUAUCCCUGUGUUAGAGACUGUGUACGCUAGGUAGCCUUGUGUAUGUGGGCUUGUUCAAGGUGGUGUGUAUGAGUCGAGACUGUGUCAUACAUGUGUGCUAGGCAUCUCAUGUGUAUUUUAGCUUGUAUCUACAUGUGUUUGCAAAACAGCAUGUGUGUCAGGAGUGAUGGGUAUGUGUUAGAUGUUGUAGAUGUGUGUAUUUGAGAGAGUUGUGAGAUGUGCUGAGACUGUCGUGUGCAUGCGUGUGGGUCUGAAAAGGCAGUUGUGUGGAAGGACAUGUGCUUGGGGAGAAAGAACUUGAGUAAGAUGCCCCCUCUGGGCCCCAAGACCAUUGGUCACAGGUUGCCACAUCCAACAGGAGACCUUGUCCUUGGCCUAGAGUCCUCCUGCCCUUGAGGGGUUCCUGCCUGGGUCCUCAGAAAUCUACUGGGACAGACCCAGGCAGUGCCCCAAGAAGCCAUGCUGGGCCCCCGCCAGGGCCCACCCCAAAAGCAGGGGCCAGGGAGGGGGCGACUUGCCUGCCCCCAGAGCCCCUGCUCCAUUGGCACCAGUUUGCAUUCUGCAGGUUUUCCAUUUUAGUGGAUUUAUGCUUUUAUUUCAGAGAGAGACGUGUGUCUCCUCUGUCCGUUUCCAAUAGUUAAAGCCAUAUCAGUUAGACUGCAAUACUUCAAAGACGAGACAAAACAAUCCAUAUGUUUAGGGAACCAGAAAAGUCCCCUGGUCUAUCCCUUCUCAGGGAGCAGGGCCUCAACAGCGCCAGCUCCCUAGACCUGCCCUUCUCCCCCGCCCCGUCCCCUCCCCUGUGCCCCUGUGUCCUGCCCCGCAGGGGGCCUGUGUCUGUGCCUGUGUCUGUGAUGGGGAGCCACCUUGCACCCCUGUUGUCUGCUUGUCUCUUUGUGUCUGUUAUCCUGGGCAGGAUGGUCAUUCUCUAGAGCCCUGGGGCAGAGACAGGCAGGGCCUAGUUUAGGGACCCCAGACCUCCCCAGACCCUGUAUGUGAGCCCCACCUGGACACAGGAGUGAAUUGCAAGUGUUCAGAAAGGUCUCCCCCUUGACAAGGGCCCACAAACCUCGAAGGUGGUGCCAGGGCACAGAGAGUGCCAGAUGGGCAGCAGAGACUAAGGCCCAGGGAGCUUCAGGUGAUCAGGGGAACCUAGCCAUACAAGAUAUCCCAGGUGGGCCUGAGGGACCCCAGACCCUCAGAGGGCAUCCCUGGUGGUCGUCUCCACAGUUCCUCUGCACCCUCAGAGCAGGCUCAGGGCUUUUCCCAUGUGAGAGUGCCCUCCAGACUGACUGGCUUAGUCUGGUGCAAGUCCCAGACUCCUCCAGACUCUUCCAGCCUACUCUCAAGCAGCAGGACUGGCGGUCUUCCUGGAGGUGGGAACAGGGGAGGAAUUUCUGCCUGGAGCAUACCUGGCUCCAACCACUGCCAGGUGAUCAUUCUUGGGUCCAGGGGGACACGAUGACUGUCAUUCCUGACACAGACCUGGCUGUGGAGAGAAGCUAAUGUAUGGCCCAGAGAGGAUGUCGUGUGCAGCACAUUUGAGGGGGGCACAAAAUAUGUGUGGGAUGCUCUAGCAGGGAAGGGAUGUUCACAGGACGUACCUGGGGUGGGAGGAGUGUGAUCCACUGGGUGGGAGGGGGGUGAGUGUGUCACCCACAAAUGGGGCAACAUGCACAUGACACACUUAGGAGUCAGGGGCAGGGAGGGAGCGAGCCCAGAAGUCAGCAUGCACAUACACACACACAACACAUAGGGAGACAUCCCCCGGCUAGGGAGAGAGGAAGGAGCAGUCAUUGUGCAUGGGUGAAAACAGGCAAGGGAGUGCGCACCACCCAGUGUGGGCGUGUGAGCUUGCCAGGAAGGCCACUGCCGUGCUUGUGUGCCUGGAGUUCACCGCCAGAGCAAAGGGACAGGACCUCUCUGGAUCUCCCACGCUGGGCACUGGCAACAGGCCAGGAUUUCCACACGUGGACAUUCUCCACUCCAGGUCUAGAAGCUCCUGGAAGGUCCUUACCGGCAAAGCUGUGUGGGGUCUCCUCCAAACGCAGGAAGUCAAGAGGUGUGUGUGUGUGUGUGUGUGUGUGUGAAAGAAAGAGAGCAGAGGGGAAAGAGACAGAACAGAAGUAUUUCGGCCCAGGCCCCCUCAGGUGGGGCAGCUGGUGGGCAAGGCAGCCUCCCCGAAGGCUUGUGGCUAGAGUAAAAUGGGGCAGACCCUUAGCCCAAGAGCCCCCGGCACCCAGCUGGCAGGGUUGCCUACCCCCACCACUCAACUGCUCCAUCUUUCUGGGGUCCCACAGGCCUUUACUAGACAGGGGACCUGGGGGUCCGACUGGCUCAGACAAGGGCACGUCUCCCAGGCCUGAGGACGUACCUCCCUGCACCUGGUCCCCACUCCUGUUGCCCACCCUCUUUGCUGGGGACAGAAUGGGAGGUGCUCGGGCAGGCCCGGGGUAGGGUGGGGGUCCUAGAGAGACUCAGGUGAGGACGACCAUCCUGCUCCUGCGGGGGAAUCCCUUUCCUACACCUGUGCCGUGUCCUUGUUGCUCUGCUUCCUUUCAAUGUGUCAGUGCCUGGGGGAGGGGAGGGACACUCCCUCACGCCCCCUGAACCUGACCAAAAGCCAUGGCUGUCGCUCCCCCUUUGUAUGACGCAGAUGCUAAGAUGUACCAAACCAAUCAUGACAACAAAGAAAACACCUUGUACAGCA